AUGAAGUUCCGCCUGCCACCGGAGACGUUCCCCGAGCUGGAUCUGGCCAAGGAGGACAUGGACAACAUGGACAACGUGGCGGCGAUGAUCGUCGACUCGGCGAUCGAAGACUUCGAGAACCUCCGCCUGGACUACAACGGGCUCGCAGAUAAGCGGUGGAAACCCAUCAAACGCAAGGCUGGCGUCAUGCUGUACGAGGACCGCUCCAUGCGCGAGAACCUCAAGAGAGAGUCGUCGCUGUCGGACGUGGCCCCGUCGCCAAGCGGGAUCCACCCGCUCAUGGCGAUUGGCACGACGAGAGGAGAGCUCAACGAGCUCAUGUUCGGGCUGCUGAACCCGACGCGAGAGGAGAUGCUGGCCAAGUCGGCGUGCACGGGGGACUACCUCACGGACUGCGCCGAGCUGGCGUCCAUCAUUUCCCCGACGCCGAGCAACCCGCUCAGAUCGCUGCAGGUCAAGUGGUCGCUCAUAGGGAGAGGCCCGAUGUUCGUGAGCGUCGUGGUUCGACCCCGAGACUUCGUGUACCUGGAGUCCACGGGGAUCGCACUUGACAGUCACGGAGAGCACGUCGGGUACAAUUUACGCCACUCGGUCGAGGUGCCGGGGGUGCGCGAGCUCCACGACCACCAAAUUGUGCGCGCGAACAUCUCGUUCUGCCGACUAUUUCGCCAGAAGAAACAAGGACUCAUCGAAGUGUUCAUGACGGGCUGCGUCGACGCAAUGGGCUACCGGUAUCCGAUUUACACGAGCAUUGUCAUGACGCAGAUUGCCGACGCGCUGCUGUCUUUCCAGCGACUUCUUGUGAACGCGAGGAUGAAGAAGCUGGCGUGGAUGCUGAAUAACAAGCAGAAGCAGUCGGUGGACACGAGCAAAAAGGCCAAGAGCGAGUGCAGCUCGUGUGGCUGCGGCGUUGGACGGUCGAUUCUAUCCUGCAGAAGGGAGUGCACGCUCUGCAGCAGCGCCGUAUGUCCGCUGUGCCGGGUGCCUCUGAAAGUCGCGUGGAAGCCUCGAGACGACCCCAACAUGUUCACGAGCGAGAAGAAAGCGGCGGCGAAGAUGCGCUACGAAAAGGCAAAGGUGUGUCGCCCCUGUCUCCGCAAAGUGGACCGCACGGACGCUCUGGACGUGGCCGUCGACGAGAUCUGCCGCUCGUCUCCACUGCUAGCCGCCGAGUCUGGCUUGGCCGUCACCUCGGCGUCGUCGCUCUUCUCGCUCAUCAACUCGGACCAGUUCGGCCGCGAUUGCUUCUUUCACUCGUACCAAUAA